GUGGCUUCCAACCAACACCAACCUCAUCACCAUGGUCCACACCAUCCCCUCCUCGCUCUCUCGCUCAUCCUCUCUUACUCUCACACUCCAUCGAUCCUUUUAUAUCCAUCCAAUCCUUUCCCCCUCUCCAUUCCCUCCACCUCCCCACCGCCGCUCCUCUUCCCCACCACCACCACCACCACCACCACCAAAGAGGUCAAAAGCCUUCCGGGGAUCCGGUCACCAACCCCGGUGAAUCAUCAUGGCUCCUCCGCCGGACACCAGCAAGACCACCAAGCUAGAACGGUAUAACAGCUAUAUCCGGCGAGUUAAUAGUACGAAGCUCCUGGCCGCUUCCACGAACCUGCUGUUCCGAGCCACCCUCCUCACCGCCGUCGUCCUCAUUCUCCUCUUCACCCUCCACUACCCUCCGCUCCUCGCCGGCCACCACCCCUCCGCCGCGUCCGCCCACUCCCACCGCAGCCUCCUCUCGUCCUACUCUUCUUACGGCGGGGCUACCUGGGAGCGCGAGGUCCGGCGCUCCGCCACCCCGCGGCGCCGCGGGGGCCUCUCCGUCCUCGUCACCGGGGCCGCCGGCUUCGUCGGCACGCACUGCUCCCUCGCCCUCAAGAAGCGCGGCGACGGCGUCCUCGGCCUUGACAACUUCAAUUCCUACUACGAUCCCUCCCUCAAACGCUCCCGCCAAAAGCUCCUCUCCCACCAUGGCAUCCUCGUCAUCGACGCUGACAUCAACGACUCCAAGCUCCUCAUCAAACUGUUCGACGUCGUCCCCUUCUCCCACGUCCUCCACCUCGCCGCCCAGGCCGGCGUCCGCUACGCCAUGCGCAACCCCCAGUCCUACGUCGCCUCCAACGUCGCCGGGCUCGUCUCCCUCUUCGAGGUCGCCGCCAAGCACGCCGACCCCCAGCCUGCCAUCGUCUGGGCCUCCUCCUCCUCGGUCUACGGCCUCAACACCGCCGUCCCCUUCUCCGAGCUCCACCGCACCGACCGCCCCGCCUCCCUCUACGCCGCCACCAAGAAAGCCGGCGAGGCCAUCGCCCACACUUACAACCACAUCUACGGCCUCUCCAUCACCGGCCUCCGCUUCUUCACCGUCUACGGCCCCUGGGGCCGCCCCGAUAUGGCCUACUUCUUCUUCACCAAAGCCAUAUUAUCCGGCAAUGCCAUCACCCUCUUCAAGACCCGCGACGGCGUCGACGUCCAGCGCGACUUCACGUACAUCGACGACGUAGUCCAGGGCUGCCUCGGCGCGCUCGACACCGCCGGAAAGAGCACCGGCACUGGCGGCAAGAAGCGCGGCCCCGCGCAGCUCAGGGUCUACAAUCUCGGCAACACGUCACCGGUGCCGGUCGGGAAGAUGGUCGCCAUCUUGGAAGAGUUGCUGGCGAAGAAGGCCAAGAAGAACGUCGUGACGAUGCCGAGGAACGGCGACGUGCCGUACACCCAUGCGAACGUGACCUUGGCGCAGAAGGACUUCAAAUACCGGCCGACGACCGACCUCGCCACCGGCCUCCGGCGGUUCGUCAAAUGGUACGUCGAGUACUACGGAGUGGCGGCGCCCCACGCUCAGGGGAAGGGGAAGAGGGGAAAGGGGAGUGUCGGCGAGAAGGGGAAGGAUGCCAAUACAGGAAGGGUUGCAUCCGCGUAGGAUGCAACGGGUACCAUUGGGCGACACGUGGACUUUGUAACUGUGUAUUAUGAUUAAUUGUUUGCUGCUGUUGCUGUCAGUAUAUAUAUAUGAUGGGUUUUAUACUUUUAUUAGGAUUAAAGAUGAUAAUAAAGUCGAUAAUAAAGAUGGUGAUAAGGGGAUGGACACUGCCUCGAGGGAAAGAAGAACAAGGAAGAGGGGGAGCUGGGAUUGAAGAAGGAUGACAUCUCGGAUCCUCUCUUCUUUUUUUUUUGUUUGAGAAAAGUAUUUUUGCUUAGUUUUUUAACUACUUGUGCAACUUUGUGAAGUGAGUUUGUGAUAAAAAAAAAAAAGGUUUGCUGUGGGAUGUAAAUCCAUACAGUUUUAGAUUCAUAC